AUGGAAAAUCCUGUCCUGCAAGUCGGUGCUAUAGCUCUAGAAAUUUUGGCAGAGGAGGAAGAGGAAGCAGAGAGAUUAAUGAUGAUUGCAGCCGAAAUAGCUGCUCAAGAAAUACUGCAGAUGGAGGAAGAUGAGGGGUUAGAGGGUGUUGUGUGGGACAAAAUUACCAUUAAUAUUAAUGAAUUCCACGCAAUGAACGAUGAAUGCUUCAAACUACACUUCCGAAUGUCGAGGCGCAUCUUUGAGAACUUAUGCAGAGCGGUGAGACAGCACCUAAUCAGCAAGAGAAGGCUCAUCAGGGAACGGACUCCUAUUGAGGACAUUAUGUUGAUGGUUAUUUGGCUUCUUGCCACACCAGACAGCUUCCGGAGCAUAUCUCCUCAAUUCGGUGUGACACCUGGAGUCCUUUAUUACUUCUUCGCCUAUGUGAUUAUGUCACUGCGAGAAAUGUCAGAAGUAUAUAUGACUUGGCCAACUGCAGAAGAAAGAGCUACCGUUAGUACUGCAUUUCUGGAAGCCACUGGAUUCCCUGGGAUAGUUGGGUGCAUCGAUGGCACCCAUGUCUACAUAACUGGUCCUGUUCAAAAUGCGGCCUCAUACAGAAACCGUUACAGAUCAUAUAGUAUCAAUGUACAGGCUGUGGUGGAUAACACUCUCCUUGUACGAGACCUGGUUGUAGGAGAAGUUGGCAGCAUGCAUGAUGCACGGGUAUUUAGGAGAAGUGCCCUUCACCAUGAUUUGCUCGAAGGCACAAGGUUGGACCCUGAUGAGCACCUUGUAGGUGAUGGAGCAUAUGUACUCACCGACUUUAUGAUGAUUCCCUUUGAUAAUCAUGGGCAUCUUAAUCACGACCAGAUGAACUUCAACAGGAGAUUGUCGCAGGCAAGAGUCAGGGUUGAGAAUGCUUUUGGAAGAGCCAAAGGCAAGUGGCGCAGAUUAAAGUUUCUUCAUGCUAGAAAUCAAGCUAUUGUAGUGGACCACAUUACUGCCUCAUUUGUCAUUCACAACUUUAUCAUUCUUGGUGGUGGCGGUGAGGAUUUCUUAAUUCAACAAGAGCUUGGGAGGCCUAUCGGUAAUCAUGAAGUAUUGGGAAAUGAGCAUCAUGAGCCUGAUGAAGAAUUGGCAGAGAUUGAUGACAGAGAACAGGCAGCCCAACGCAGAGGUGUGGAGAAAAGAAACUUAUUGGUGGAAGCAUUUGCACAUAUAUAA